AUGUCAAAACGACUCGAGAAUGUAGAUCAUAUCAGAGCAGUCGAUGCCUUCCCUCAUCCCCAGCUCAACCCUGAAGAGUAUGCCGCAUAUAUGCAGCAAUAUUACACAGUCGUCUGGAAGAACGAUAACGCAGGACUCAGCCACGAGACGCCACUCGGCUACAUGCGACGGGAUGUGUGCCGCAAGAUCAUUGAGCAGGUGCCGAAAGAAAUCCGAGGCGAGGUGAACGUCGACGAGUCAAAAGGCACCGUCUCGCUCUUCCAGGACUUUGGAUCUACGCCCGAGGAGCGCACCGCUAGAGUCCACGCCUUUUCCCUGUACUUACGGGACCACCAAGUCUUCCCCAUCCUCAAGGGCUGGCGAAAUGAGCUAUGGCCGGUCUACGGCGAAGACGGGAAGCUGCUCUACAGCAUGGAGCGGGUGGCUUUGAGCCUGUUGGGUGCGAUGCGUUUCGGGGUCCACAUGACCGGCUACGUCAAGUCGCCAGACUCCAAGCAUGGCAUCAAGAUUUGGGUCCCCAAGCGCGCCGCGGACAAGUCCUCGUUCCCCGGCAUGCUGGACAACACCGUGGCCGGCGGCCUCAUGACGGACGAGGACCCCUUCGAGUGCAUUGUGCGGGAGGCUGACGAGGAGGCUUCGCUGCCCGAGUCGGUGGUCCGCCAGGGCGCUCAGUCGGUGGGCACCAUUACGUACAUCUACAUCACGGACGAUCGGACGGGCGAGGCCGGCUAUGUGUAUCCCGAGUGCCAGUGGGUCUAUGAUUUGGAGCUACCUGCUGACGGCAGUGUGGUUCCCAAGCCCAAGGACGGCGAGGUGGAGAGCUUCCGCCUGUGCACAGUCGACGAGAUUCGCGAAGAAAUGGCUUCAGGACGCUUCAAGCCCAACUGCGCCGCCGUCCUAGUCGACUUUUUUAUCCGUCAUGGUAUUCUGACCAAGCAGAACGAGCUGCACUUGGAUGAGAUUGAUCGGAGAUUGCACAGAGUAAUAUCCUUCCCUGGUCCUCAUCUGCAGGCCAAGAGCUGA